AUGGUGAGCGUGUACUACGCUUUGCCGGACAGUCGGAUAUUGGUCUGUGCGCCCUCCAACAGUGCGGCCGACCUCGUGUGUCUGCGGCUGCAUGAGAGCCAGGUGCUGCGGCCCGGUGCCAUGGUCCGUGUAAACGCCACCUGCAGGUUUGAGGAGACAGUCACUGACGCCAUCAAGCGGUACUGCAAAGAUGGGGAAGAUAUAUGGAAGGCCUCGCGCUUCAGGAUCAUCAUCACGACGUGCAGCAGUGCGGGGCUGUUUUACCAGAUAGGAGUGAGAGUCGGACAUUUUACACACGUGUUUGUGGACGAAGCAGGACAGGCGAGUGAGCCGGAAUGCCUUAUUCCACUGGGGCUGGUUUCAGAUGCCAACGGCCAGAUUGUCCUUGCCGGAGACCCCAUGCAGCUCGGACCUGUCAUUAAGUCCAGACUCGCCAUGGCCUAUGGGCUGAAUGUGUCUAUGUUGGAAAGACUGAUGUCCCGGCCAGCGUAUCUGAGGGACGAAGACGCUUUUGGUGCUUGUGGUGCCUACAACCCCUUGUUGGUUACGAAGCUCGUGAAGAACUACAGGUCGCACCCAGCUCUGCUGGCACUGCCGUCCAGGCUGUUCUACCACAGAGAGCUGGAAGUCUGCGCGGACCCCAAGGGGGUGACCUCCCUGCUGGGCUGGGAAAAGUUACCAAAGAAAGGCUUCCCCCUCAUCUUCCACGGCGUGAGGGGCAGUGAAGCUCGUGAAGGGAGGAGCCCGUCGUGGUUCAAUGCGGCCGAAGCUGUCCAGGUCAUGCGUUACUGCUGCCUCCUGGCCAGGGGCAUCUCCAGCCAGGUGUCUGCGAAUGACAUCGGUGUGAUCACGCCCUACCGAAAGCAGGUGGAAAAAAUCAAAAUUCUCUUGCGAAAUGUUGAUCUGAUGGACAUAAAGGUCGGAUCAGUAGAGGAGUUUCAAGGGCAAGAAUAUUUGGCCAUCAUCAUCUCCACUGUACGGUCAAAUGAAGAUAGAUUUGAAGAUGAUAGAUAUUUUUUGGGUUUCUUAUCCAACUCAAAAAGAUUCAAUGUUGCAGUCACCAGACCCAAAGCCUUGCUGAUUGUGCUGGGAAAUCCUCAUGUUCUGGUCAGAGAUCCCUGUUUUGGUGCUUUACUGGAAUACAGCAUUACCAACGGUGUCUACACAGGGUGCAAUCUACCUCCCGAGCUGCAGGCCCUGCAGAAGUGAGCUCUGCUUGUCUUCCCGCUCUAGCCCUGCCCCUCUCGCAGCCUGCCGCACUCGCCUCCUUCCUGUGCAGUCCUGGGACGACCCUUGGGGUCACUGAAAGGGACGACAGCCCCAAGCCUUGCUGUGGUGGUCCCCAGCACUCGAGCCUGAGCUGCUGUGGGGCGCCCAGCUCACUGGCCCCCUCCCCUUUGCCCAGCUGCAGCUGUGACUAGACAUGCAGCCUGUCCCUCCCCACCCCACAGAGCCAGGUCCCCAGCCCCAAUUGGUAAGGCACGGCCAGGAGGCCUGGGACCACAUCCCAGGGAGCUGCUGUCCUCACCUCUGGGCUGGGGCCCCUGCGGCCUGCCUUGUGUCCCGGCCUUGGCCACGAGUGUGGGGACCAUGGGGUCAGAUGGAGCCUGCUCUCUGUUCUCCAAACCAGCCCAUUCCUGCUGCUGGGCAGUUACUGCAACCAUCACCGAAAUAAAUGCUCA